AUGAGACAGCUUGAGCUGAAGUUGCCCUUCAUCGACGCCUUGAUGCUCAUUCCGCCUUAUCAGAAAUUUCUGAAGGAUGCUGUUCAGCAAAGAACCAGGGAAGCACAAGGGAUGGUAGUGUUGACCGCGAGUGCAGUGCAAUCAUUCAGCGGAAGUCUCUGCGAUCUAGGAUCAUCUGUCAGCCUCAUGCCUUUGUCUGUAGCGAAGAGACUGGGAUAUCACAAGUACCAAGCCUGCGGAAUCUCACUAGUCUUGGCAGAUAGAUCGAUAAGGUUACCAACUGGGAUGCUUGAAGACCUGCCUUUGAGGAUAGGGAAUGUGGAAAUCCCCACAGACUUCAUUGUGCUUGAGAUGGAUGAGGAACCAACAGAUCCAUUGAUUCUAGGAAGGCCAUUCCUAGCUACAGCAAGAGCAAUGAUAGAUGUCUGUGAAGGAACAAUUGAGUUAAACUUGGGAAAGGACCUGAAGAUGAAGUUUGAUAUCAAGAUACAAUGA